CUACAACUCCCAGGGUGCAGCGCGGCAGAUCCAAUCUGCAGGGUCGGAGGCUCUGAGCUGCACAUCACCGUUGCCUCACGUCGCUGUCUGGCGGAUCGGUUGGAGGAGAAAUGGCUGCAGCUCUGUCCCGAGCCCUCAAACUGCCCGGGAAGAAGGGCUCAGAGCUCGGCGAGUACGACCCUCUCACCCAAGCGGACAGCGAGGACGAGAGCGAAGAGGAUGACCUGGUCCUCAACUACCCCCGGAACGGCCUGGGCAGGGACGGCUGCCUGGGCUCGGGCUCCUCCAUGCUGCGGGGCGGGAGAUCCGGACGGCUGGUGGGAGCCCCGGACGAGGCGCAGGAGGACGAGGAGGAAGAGGAGGACGAGUGGAGGGAGCAUCUGCCCAGCAAGUCCAGGCAGGACAGGGAGGACAUGAAGGGCAUCCAGUACUGGAGCCACGGAGACUCAGGAAAGGAGAGGAUGGGGGAGGACAGGCGGGGGUCGGGGAGUUUGGGGGGCGCCGGGCUGGGGGUUCACAGCGCCGAGGCGGAGGAGAAGAGGAUGAGGGUGAAGAACGCCGUCCGAAGUGCGUUUUUCCUGGUGCCUCUGGUGUGUGCCAUGCUGCUGGUGCUGCUGUGUGCCUUCCUGAUCCCCUGCCAGAAAGGGGAACUGGGGAAGACGCCGCAGUGGGAGAAAGCGCUGGGAGAAGCAGGAGGCGUCACUCCACCCGCACUGGCUUUGUGGGAUGUGGACGGGGAUUCGGUGGAGGAUGUGUUUCUGGGUGUUACCGGGUGGGCCAACGAUACCCACACCACACAAGGGAACAAAAUUUACAGUGCGGUGGCUGUGUCUGCCGCCAGCGGUCAGGUGCUGUGGAGGAAAGUCAUGCGGGAGUCUGUGAUGUGCAUCCAGUGUGGUCUGCAGUUCACCACCCAACCCUCACCGGUGUGUCUCCUCAUCGGAAAAUCCAUCAUCAUGGCUGUCAACGGCACCACAGGGGAGAAGUUGUGGCCCGUCAUGCUGAAGAACAUUGAAUCUCAGGCGGUGUUGCUUCCAGACCUCCAGGGCGACUCGGUCCCAGAUCUGCUCAUUGCCACCCUGCCUGCAGAUGAGGCUUUGGAUCUCUCCCUGACGCUGAUCUCAGGACGGACGGGUGCGAUGCUCGGACGUCCCGUGCCGUUUAACCUCACAGGACAAGGAAAGCUGAUUGGUCCUUUGCUGCACGAGACGCAACAAGGGGCGUACUACAUCCUCUUUGGACUAGGUAAUGUCGAGGCCAUCUCUCUGCGAGACAUCUACAUUCAAGCCACUUCCAAAAUGCCCAUAACCCAGGCACUUAGAAAGAAGGAUCAGGGAUGGGAAGGACUCAAGAAAACCAAUUUAUCCUCCUUCAUUCACAUUUACAGAGGAUCUGAGCGUGUGGAGUUCCUGCUCCCUCUUGUGGCUGGUUUUGGCAACAACCACAACAACCUGGACACAGUUUCGAACCUGAACGCCAGCAGAAGCGACUGGGUGUUGGUGUACGGAUUCAGCAAGCUGUCAGUUCUCAGACAGAGGGACUUAAGAAAAGAAUGGACUUUCAACUCAGCUCCCAUCCACAGCCAACCGACCCUGGGACACUUCAAUGAUGACGGAAUCCUUGAUCUUUUCAUUCAGCAUUCAGCAAACGGUACCAUGAAGACGCAAAUCAUCGAUGGAGCAAACAGGGACGUUCUCUGGACGUCAGAGUUUGUGUGUCCUCGUCUCGUUUUGGAAGCGUCUGCAAUCUCCACCUCAACCGGCCAAUCAGCGUUCCUAUUCUGGGCCGGUGAGCCAAUCAAAGCACAGAGAAAUGUUACCAAGACAACGGUGACACAGGGUGUAGCUGCACCAGAGCCGCUCAUCAGAAAACUUUUCCUGCUGCAUCCUGCAUAUCCCUUAAUCCUGCUGGAGCUCACCAGUACCACAGACACUACAGUCACAUCUGCAGUGAGCUACCAGGAGCAUCAGAAAGACGCCUCCUACAUCACCUUGUCCUCUAGACCAACGCCUGACUCUGAGCCCGGCGCUCGGAUAGUCAAGAGCAUGAGCCUCAGAGCUGCUAUCACCAAAGGCCAGAUUGUCAGACUAGGAGAAACCAAUAAGAACGGAGGACCCGUUAAACCGAGCGCCUUCGAGAUCAACAAGUUCUUCCGGCGUCUGACCUUCAAACGUCAGUGAUGAACCGACCCUGCACCCUGCUAGAAGCGGUACAACUUAAAGGACUGUGUGAGGAUGAAAGGGACAGAAGUUGUGGAUCGUUCUGCACUUGAAUUCAUUCAAAGCUGUUUACAUCUCGUUAAGUAGAAUUUCACUUGAGCAAGAUAUUUGUAUUGUUUUGGUUUACAUUAUGUUGCUUAUUUAAAUUAUUUAACUUGCAUUUAGGAAGCCUGUAAUAUUUACUGAAUGUUUAUAAUGGACAUGAUGACUGGGGAGUAACUUUCAACUGGAAUUUAUUACCAACAGUGAAGCACAAUAAUGUGAUGAAAGAAUUAUGUAAAUGCAUGCACAGUAUGGAUCACUCGUAUGACACUUCCAAGGCCAGUAUUUUCCUGUGCUGUCGUUCCCUGGUCACAUGCAUUUCCCUGUCUAAAACCACUAAUAGUAUUUCUACUGCUCAUUACCACAAUAUGUAGUAUAUAGGGAGUCUGUAAAUAUUUAAUGCUGUACAGUAUUUAUUGGUUUGCUUUCUGGUUUAGUUUUUUCAUGUUUGAAAGCUUGACUGGAAUUUUAAUGUACAGUAAAGUCCAGAAUUAUUCAUCCCCAUGCCAAUUUUUAAUUUAUAGUGAUUUUUUUAAAAUUCGACUAAUAGGGUUAUUGUGGCUUCCUCUGGUUUUUGUGUCAUACAUUUUAACUAUUUCUAUGGUCUUUUUCAGUUUGAUGAUUUUUACUCUUUACCCAGCGUUCAGUGUCAACGCCUUUAUUCACACAACAUCAGUUUUAUUUGAUCGAUAGGUAUUUUUCUGGCUGUAAAUGACAUAAACCAGUGACAAAAGACAGAAAUCCCUUGUGUUACAGAUGUUAAUGAUACAUUUGAACAAUUUUAUGCUUAAGCAAUAGACUUUUUUUUAAAGAAUAUGCAGCUUCUAUCACAUUCUAAAUAGUUCUGGUAACUUCAACUAUGUCCUCGAUUUUUCAGUCAGCUCAUGCAGUAGUUCUCUAGUUAGUUGCUAGUCAAUCGCAAGUCAUGGCUAAAACCAAUGAGCAAAGUGAGCUGGUUAUUAUAGCUGCACAUUGUUGCCGCCAACAUGACAGAGAGAAGCUCUGAAGUCAGUCAAAAUUAGCAUCAGAAAGAACAAGGAGAGCCAUACUGAGAGAUCUCAAAGAUUUUAGUUGGAAGCUAAAAGUGUCCCAAACAGAAUCCAAGAAUCAGCACCAAGAACAUCCUGAAGAAUCUGAGCAACUGUGUGAACGAUAUCUCAGUUAGACACUACAGCAGAUUCUGAACAAGCAGCGAAAGAAGACCCGACUUCUCCAAGACUGACAUGUAAAACUCAAUUGGACAAAGUCAGAACACUCCUGAAUGUUGUUGUCUACAAGCCCUCUGAGCAUGGAAAUGAGAUGGACAAAGGUGUUGAUGGUUUGUGUGGGUCGUGGCCAUUAACUGCCCAUUAACUGGGGUUGGAUCAGAGAGGAAGAUGGCAACCCUAAGCCAAUCCUCAAUGGCCCUGGUGACAAAUAUGAGGUCGAGCACCCCAAACAAGACCAUUUUGACCAUUAAUGAGCUGAGCAUCCAUGAUGGCAUCGAAUGCUACACCUGCACUGGAAUCAAUGAACUUGAAGAUCCACCAGGCGAUCCAUAGUUGUCUGGCUUCUCUCUGGCCCUUCCUCAGCGAGAACUCCAUCAAUAUGGUGGUUGGAACGUAAUGCUUGAGGCCGUUUUUUAAGCCGACGAGCCAGACAACCUCAAUAAAGUAAACAGCAUCAUGAGGAAAGAGGCCGAUAUUAAGGUUCUGCAGAAAAACGUGUUCUUAGGCAGCAUUGGACUUUCCAACAAGACAAUAAUCUGAAACAUACAGCCAAAGCAGUGAAGCUGCGGUGAACAGAAAAGAGUUCCAGACCUGAACAUAUUGAGAAGCUAAGACCAGAGCAAUGGAGGAAAGACUUUAAAGACCUGGAGGUCAUCGCAAAGAGGAAUGGAACAAAAUUUCAGUGUAGAAAGAUAGUUGGUAAUUAUAAGAACUGUUGGAUUUAUAUAGUGCUGACACUGAAUACCGCGAAUGAGUAUGAAUCAUCUUAGACAGGGCAUGUUUAAUCAAAAUAAAAUACAAAAAAAGCCAUAUACGCUACAGGCCAAACAUCUGAAAGCAAAGUUUCUGUUCGCAGUGUCUUCCUUAAAAUCCAGUAUGAAUUCUAUGGACUUUGAGAUGUAUUUACUGCAUGAUCAGGCUUUGCUUUCUUCAAUUUACCAUUGAAGUUACCAAACAAUUACUGAAUAAAUGUUAACAAAAGAAAAGAAGGGCUUAGCUUUGGGGUUGACAAGAGUCACAACUUCAGUGCAAAAGUAAAAAACAAAUCAUAGUUUGCAUUAUUCACUUUAGCUCUUUGGCUUUUGGGAGUUUGAAUAGAAAAAUCCCAAUAAAUCUCAUGUGUGUCCAUAUCUGUAUACCAACCACAUGUAAUAAUCGUGUUUAUUACUAAUGAAACUGUGAUUUUUCAUGUACAAAUUUGAUUUUGCUUCCAAACUUUUGGCCUGUAGUGUAAAAUAUAGCAUAAAACCAAUGACACAAAGAGCAGGAAAGUCCACAAAUUCACUCUAAAUCAAAAGAUGACAUAAGGAUGAAUAAUUUAACUGCAUAUAAUCAACCACUUUCUCAGAACAUGUGGCUGCUAAAGGUUCUGGCAUUUCAAUGUAAGCUGCAACUCCUCAAGAGAAAGUAAACUGCAACGUGUC